CACCAUCGUCCACGCCCGCAGCCGCGUUCACGUCAACCUUCACCCCCUCAAAGCACCAAACGUCCGACAACCGACUCGCCAGCUUUCUUCGCUGCCACGCUGAGAGACCUCCAUCACCGACCGCCUGACCAGUCAUCUUUUUUCAAAAGGUGAUCGCUUAUAUACUGCGAAAUACAAAGCUGGCCAUUCUGCGCUGGUACGAGAAUGACAGCUCUCCGAUAAUCUAAGCCCCGUUAUCGUUCACGUCCGAUCUUCGACCCCACGCAUACCCGGACCCGUUACAAUCAACGACCAUGUCGUCCGCGUCUAGAAGCUCGUGGAUGCCGGGCCGUCGCCUGAACAGCAACCGGACUAGCAUGAGACCACGAGGAGCAUCCAGGGGCAACAUCACUGUCGUCAGCCACGACGAUGCUUAUACCUUUGCCCUGCGUGUCGCCUACCUCAACUAUCUCCUCCAGCCGAGACAAAAGCGAAAGCAGUAUGUUGCCGCGCCGAAGCCCGCCCAGAGAUCGCACACCAGCGUCACCGAAUUGGUUGGCCAAUUUGUAUCCUCAGGCUCCAACAGCAUCAAGCUGCCCCAUGGCUUCCAGAAGCCACUGGAAAAGAGACUCAAGAAUGUCCUGACUGGCAAGGAGCCCAUGCAAGGCUUCAACGAUUCGGCUCUCAAGCGAAGCUUUGCCGAGGCAUACACGGCAUUCACAGAUAAAAAUUUCCAAAAGUCGGUCGAGAAGGAUCGCAAGCUGGAGCCUUACGUCCUCAUGUUUUACUCGUCUGCCACAAAGGCCAACCAGAAGAACGCCCAGCUGACAUCGGCGACGGAUGAUUCAUGGAAGGAAACGGCCGACAGACAUAUGGCUAUGUUCAUCAGGCUAGUGGCGCAGACUCUGCGAGAUCAGGGGCACGACAGAGACAGGCCUGAGCUGAUGAGCCGGCUGCACACGUUGGAGAACAAGCUACUCACUAGGGACCAGAACCUGUCCCUGGAUUCUGCUGGGGACGGAGGUAGUUACAUUGAGGUCGUCGUUCCUCUGAGCUACGAUGUGAAGGAUAUGCCGCUGGUUCUAACCGUGGCACGCAUAUUUGGUCGGUCCAACUCCGAGGUGCAGGCUGAUCUCGAGGCCAACCGUCAAAUCUGGACCGAAGAAAAUGCCAUCAAGGACAUGAAGAACUACCAACAAAGGCUAGCCUCGGACGCCCCAGGCGCUUUGAGGAGCCAGGAUUUUGACCUCGAGGACGCCUUUCAAGAGUGGAAGAGGGCCGAGGCCCCACAUCUUUCUCAAAUCAUCCUCGACAUAUUGACUGUCAAACCGGAGCUGGCCAAAACGUCGACGGUCGGAUCGGAUAAGCCGCUUCCAGGCCGCCCUCAGUCCACAUUCUUUGGGGAAGAGCAGUCGUAUUCUGAAAUCAGCAAAGCAAUCUCGAGUCCAGACGGUUCCAUUCUGAACUUUGAUAGUUCCAUCAGUUUCGGUUCUUUAUCUCUCGAUGACUCGAGUCAGCCCCUCGACGAAGCUGUUUAUACCUUUAUUCCCAAUGAUGCAAGAGCUUUUUACAAGGCUAUCCUGAAGGAUUGCAUGACAUAUGAUCAGCUACAUGCGGAUCCGGCGGCCGAAUAUGAGCCGCUCUCGCAACAGUCCAAGGAUCUACUCAUGGAGCUGAGCGUCUACUGGCGUCUGCCUCAGUUCUCGAGACUUAUUGCCUUCAUUGAGGUGGCUGCCAAGAAGUUUCUUGACGGUGAGAUCUUGGCCGAUGAUCUCGUAGUGGCUCUGGACACCGCAAAGUCCUCGGAGGCGGAGAGGAAGAAAGCACCACACCUGCACCAAUACAAUGUUGGUCUGCUCGAGAUCGAUCAAAGCCGCUGGACAAUUCACGACUUUGCUGUAUACAAGCAGACGCUGCAGAGUCUUUACGAUGCCCUGCUACGAGAUCUUUACAAUCUGAUGCUCAACUGCUACGGCCCCAAACCGCCAAAUAUCGGGUCGGUCAUGACUCUUUUGGAGGAGCAUAUCCAAUCAGACCCUGCAUUUUCCGCCAAGCCCGAGCAGGUUCAGGAGUUCGCUGCACAUCUCACUGAGGGUUUGAGACGUGCUGCGACAGACGCCUACAAUGCCUUUGUCCACGAAAAACUGCCUAACCAUGCCGCAGAAUGGGAAUUCACCCAUGUCGUCGAGCUCGGACGAGCCGUCACCAAGCUUUCGAACAAGAUCCAGAAGCGCUAUAAAAACCUUCCUGAGGUCAUGGGAGUCAAGCUCUGGCAGAUUCUAGUAGAGGUCAUGUUUCCCAGCUACGAACGGGACGCCCAGCACAUCAUUGAGCGAACGAUUGCGGUCGCUAAGGAGAAGGAAAUGGAAAUCAACAUGCAGGACGGCUUUGACCUUUACAAAGAGUUGGUCGAAAUGCGGUGUACGCACCAUGCCGCGUUGCCCGACAAGCCGUUCGAGUUCCAGAUCGAGGAGCUGCUUGUCGACUUUGUUUGGCGAUGGGUUCGCAACGCUGAGAACGUCAUGGUGGAAGUGGUCGAUGGCGCCAUCAGUCAAGAUUCAUUCCAAGUUCGUACUGAUGACCCCAACAAAAUACCUACGGAUGCCGAACGACACAGCACCUCCGUCAUUGAUAUAUUCUUGAUGUUCCACCAGACCAUGGAGCAGGUAUAUCAGCUAGAGUGGGACAGCGACGUUCACCACGCUAGAUUCAUGACGGCCCUGGCACGUUCCUACGCAGCUGGUAUCGGACAGUACUGCGAAGAGCUCGAAAAGCGUUUUGCAAAGGAAAUGGACCGGCCCACUGCGCAAGAGGUUGCCGCGAACAAGACGACUCAAGAAAAGUUCAUGCAGUACGCUCAAUAUGCCCGGGACGCUUGGAACACGAAGGAUGCCCCCGAGCCCUUCCAGUUCUAUCCUGAAUCCUUUGUCAAGCUCAACAAUAUCGAGCAUGCCAUGCAGGAACUCGACAAGUUGGAGAAGGCCAUGAACGUCGAUGCAUGUGCUGAGGUUUUGCGAAAAGCCGAAGGCGUCGGGAAGCAGCAACCCAGACGACCUAACAAGUAUGUUUUCACGAUCAAGGUUGUGGAGGCCGAAGAUCUGAAAGCCUGCGAUCCUGGUGGUUUCAGCGACCCUUACGUGGUUCUAGGUGAUGAAUACCAAAAGCGUCUUUACAAGACACGCAUUGUGUAUAGGAACUUGAACCCCCGCUGGGACGAGUCCGUCGACAUAACAGUCUCGAGCCCCCUCAACAUCAUCGCCACCAUUUGGGACUACGACACCUUUGGCGAUCAUGACUUUGUCGGCCGUACAUCGCUCAAGGUUGAUCCCAUUCACUUCAGUGACUAUUUGCCCCGAGAAUACUGGCUCGACUUGGAUACGCAGGGUAGACUUUUGCUGCGCGUGAGCAUGGAAGGGGAGCGAGACGACAUUCAGUUCUACUUCGGGAAGGCGUUCCGACACCUGAAGAGAACAGAGAGAGACAUGGUCCGCAAGAUUACGGAUAAGCUCCGGGCUCAGAUCAGCGCUACGAUUUCUCACGAAACUCUGAGAACCUUAGUCAGGAGUGGUGGCAUAGGUUCUCAAGUGGCCGGCCUGUGGAAGAAGCGAGCUUCUACGAUGCCCACUGUCACGACUGCGAGCGACAUCGAAGGGGCACUGCAGCCGCUGUUCCACUACUUUGAUCAGAAUUUCGCCAUCAUGAAGCAAACUCUGACAGACGCUACGAUGCUGGCAGUAAUGACACGUUUGUGGAAGGAGGUCCUCCAGGCUAUUGAGAGCCUGUUGGUGCCGCCCCUGUCCGAGAAACCAUCUUCGCAAAGGCCCCUGUCUCAAAAGGAGCUCGAUAUUGUCUACCAAUGGUUGAACUUGCUCUUCGAGUUCUUCAACGCCAAGGAUGACGCUGGGGUGCAGUUGGGUGUGCCACAAGACGUGCUGAAGUCUCCCAAGUGGCAUGAACUGGCAGCUCUGAACUUCUUCUAUUUUGAGCAGACGGACAACUUAAUCCGGGAAUCCGAGCGCAUGGCAGCUGCCAACGCCCAGCGCGCGACCCAAAUGCUGCUUCAGGAGAAGCACGAAAACCGUCUCUCGGCCCCCGCCACCUUUGGUCCGACCUUUAGCGGCGGGCCGGGUGCUUUUGCCAGCAUGGGCACUAUCCGACGCGGCAAGAGCAUCAUGAUGAGCCGGAACCUGGGCACGAUGAGGAAGGCCAAGGAGGAGAAGCGCAAAGAGGCACAGGCGGAUCCUAGCGAUGAUAUGAUCCUCCGUAUCCUCCGCAUGAGGCCCGAGGCGGCCAACUACCUCCGGGAGAGACACCGUCAAAAGGAGCGGCAGGCCGCUGCCGCAGCUGCAGCACUUAUUGUCAAGAACAGCGUCAAUCAGGGAUGGAACACGGGGGGCGCGUCUGCGUACCGGGCUAACAACUUGCCCAGGCGGUGAGAUGUGACGGGUGGCGCGUGGGGUGAGUGGCGGCACGGCAAAGCAAGGCGGAUUUAGCGAAGCGUUGGCCCUCGAGUUUUCCUUUUCCUUUUCUUUCUUUUACCCCCCUCCCCCGUUUCUUCUUCCUUAAUUUCUUUUUCUGUGUUCUGUGUUCUUAUAGUACAGUCAGUGGAGGGGAGAAGGGAAGAAUCAUAUCGAUACCAAGUUUUGGGAGAGAGAGAAGAAAGCAACAACGACAACGAAAGGGUUGGAACGAGCAUGACAUACGCAACCACCCACGGCCUUUUUACACAAGCACACGGCAACACAAACGAGCAAAUCUGGUAGCGGUUUUUUCACGGCAUCACGGGCAACAUGUAUAUACCCCCCCCUUUCGCUACUUUACUGCCUUACCUCGCCGGCGCCUUGGAUUAUUGUCAUCUUUGGGAAGAGAGGAGGGCGAGAGGGAGAGAGACAACGAGCUUGCGUGCGUGGUUUGGUUUUCUGAUAUGUUUCAUACGAAAGGAAGGAGGUUGGGGGGGAGGGUUUGGCUUGAUCUUAACUCUUCUGAUAGAUUGCAUUCGACGACUGGUGACGAGGCGGGACGGGUUGGUGGGUGUUUGGGUGAGGAAACACAUAAUCACGUACUUUCUUUCCUAGA